AUGGGCAACGACUCUCCCCUAUCAGAGACCGCCGUUGAGGUCGGAGGUGUUAAGGGCGUGACUGGAAAGCGAGUCUGGCACCGUCGCGUUUUCUUCCAGGCUACCAUCGUGGGAUUAUGCGCUUUCCUAGCUCCUGGUCUCUAUAAUGCAAUGCAAUCGACAGGUGCUGGAGGGCAACAGACGCCCUAUCUAGUGAUGGCCGCGAAUUCAGUCCUUGGAUGCAUGAUGGUUUUGACGUGCUUUCUUGGAAGCGUCGUUGCUAACAAGGUCGGACUUAAGAAUGCACUUGUUAUCGGCACGACCGGAUACUGUAUGUAUGCAGCAUCUUUGUACACAAACAACCGAUAUGGAAAUGAGUGGUUUGUAUACAUUGGAGCAACGGCUUGUGGUCUAACAGCAGGUAUAUUUUGGGCUGCUGAGGGUGCGAUCAUGAUCGGCUAUCCUGAAGAAUCACAGCGUGGCCGCUACCUGGCCUAUUGGCUAGCCUAUCGCAACGGAGGUUCAAUUAUUGGAGGUAUCAUCAAUCUAGCAUUCAACUAUAGCGGUAAAGCUACCGGCAAACUUGACUGGAGGACCUACAUCGUGUUUGUUGCACUCCAAUGUAUAGCUCCGUUAGUUGCUAUGUUCCUUUCGCCGCCCGAUAAGGUCCAACGAGGUGACGGCCAAGCUGUCAAGUCAGCCGAAAAGAUUGACACACUUGCUGAGAUCAAGGAAGUGCUCAAGAUACUUGUUCGCAAGGACUUCCUUCUUGUUGUGCCAUUCUUCUUUUACGCAACCUUUCUGCUCUCCUAUGCUGGCUCGUUUCUAUCCCUUUACUUCAGCGUCCGCGCCCGUGCACUGGCGUCUCUUGUUUCGGCAUUGGCGCAAAUCACGGCCAACAUCUUUUUCGGUAGCUUUCUUGACUGGAAGCGUUUCACACUGAAUCAAAGAGCUAGGUACUCGUACAUUGGUAUGAUGGCGCUUUUCGGAGGAACCUGGAUCUGGGUUACGGUGGUUCAGCACGGAUACGAGAUCAACAAGCCUGCACUGGACUGGGUUGACCAUGGCUUUGGUCGAGGGUGGGCGUGUUACAUUCUCAUGCAAGUCAACUUUGCUCUUGCAUAUAACUACGGUUACUGGCUCGCGGGAUACAUGGCACAAAGUCCGGCUGAGAUUGUGCGCAUCACUUCCACUGUACGUGCUGUAGAAGCUGCUGGAGGAGCCGUCGCUUCUGGUAUCAGCUCAACUCAUGCACCCUUGAUUGCGGCCUCGAGUGUGAACUUUGGCCUCUGGGGUCUGGCUGUUAUACCUACAUACUUUGUUGCGCGUAAAGUUGGUCUCAACGAAUAA